GGAUUGACCAAUGAGCGCGGACGUAGUUCACAGCAAAGAUGGCGUCCUAUCUAUUGUGAAGUGGAGAAGCUACAAACAAAUAUCUUUUAUUUUUUGAAAAACUGAAAAAGUCAGGAUGAAGGUGGUCAAUCUGAAGCAAGCCAUUCUACAGGCUUGGAAAGAACGAUGGAGUGACUACCAGUGGGCCAUUAACAUCAAGAAAAACUUCCCAAAGGGAGCGACAUGGGACUAUCUUAACCUUGCAGAGGCCCUGAUGGAGCAGGCGAUGAUUGGUCCUUCUCCCAACCCUCUUAUUUUGUCUUACCUCAAAUAUGCUAUAAGUUCCCAGAUGGUGUCUUAUUCCAGUGUGCUCACAGCUCUCAGCAAGUUUGAUGAUUUUUCUCGGGAGCUGUGUGUAAAAUCACUGCUGGAGAUAAUGGACAUGUUUUGCCAUCGUCUCAGCUGUCACGGGAAAGCAGAGGAAUGCAUUGGGUUGUGUCGGGCUCUGCUCGGAGUGGUAGUGUGGCUGCUGCAGGGCUGUGCCUGGUACUGUGAAAGGCUCAGAGAACUGGGUUCAUCAGCCAGCACAGAGGCCAGUCUCAGAGCCUGCCAGGAGAGGCUUUAUAAUUUGAUGAACAGCACCAAGAACAGGGCCCUGGUCCACAUCGCUCGGUUGGAGGAACAAGGUGGUGGGUGUUCCUGGAGCAACGUCGAGCAAUCAGUGCUGAAAGUGACAGAUGCCCUUGGCAGUGUACCUAACCAGACACUGAGAACAAAAUUAGAGGAGAGCGUGUCACUAGUAAAAAGUAUUCCCAUGAUGCUGUCUGAGCAGAGUGAGCCUAAGUUCCAUGCCUCCUUUCCAUCAGUCCAUGCCUUCAUUAUGCUGGAAGGGACCAUGAAUCUGACCGGGGAGACACAGCCCCUGGUGGAGCAGCUGAUGAUGAUCAAGAGAAUGCAGCGAAUCCCUGCGCCUCUUUUUGUCUUGGAGAUCUGGAAGGCCUGCUUCACUGGCCUCAUCGAGUCACCAGAGGGCACAGAGGAGCUCAAAUGGACUGCUUUCACAUUCCUCAAGAUCCCACAAGUUCUUCUGCGACUAAAGAAGUAUCCUCAGGGUGACAAAGGACAGGACUUCAUGGAGGAUGUGAAUAUUGCAUUUCAGUACUUACUCAAGCUCACACCAUUACUGGACAAAGCUGAUCAGAGAUGCAAUUGUGACUGCCUUGGCAUGCUCCUGCAGGAGUGUAACAAGCUUGGUCUGCUGUCGGAUCCAAAUACAACCUGUCUCACUUCAAAACGGGAGUUCGCCCCAAGGUUAAAGACAGCAGAAAAUGCUAACAUCCAGCCUAACCCGGGUCUCAUCCUGCGAGCUGAGCCUACUGUCACUAAUAUUCUCAAGACAGUAGAUGCAGAUCACUCCAAGUCGCCCGAGGGCCUUUUGGGCGUCCUGGGACACAUGUUGUCUGGAAAGAGCCUCGAUCUGCUCUUGGCAGCAGCAGCAGCCACUGGGAAACUCAAAUCCUUUGCCCGGAAGUUCAUUAAGCUUAACGAGUUUCCGAAACACAUCAGCGGCGAAGGAUCCAAGUCGGCGUCAGUACGAGCCCUGCUCUUCGACAUCUCCUUCCUCAUGCUCUGCCAUGUGGUGCAGACAUAUGGUUCGGAGGUUAGUUCAUGGCAAUACUAUAUAAUGAUGAUCAUGGCAAGAGUAUUUAUUCUAUGUAGAUAUUUCGGCAAAUCGGCCUGCUCUUUCAUGGUGAUCCUGUCAGACCCCAGCCCUUCAGGGGAGACGCCCUUCUUUGAAACAUGGCUACAAACAUGUAUGCCUGAAGAGGGCAAGACUCUGAACCCAGACCACCCCUGCUUCAGACCAGAGCCUGGUAAAGUGGAGAGCCUGGUCACCCUGCUGAACAACGCCUCAGAAAUGAAGCUAGUUCAGGUGAAAUGGCAUGAAAUCUGCCUGAGCACACCAGCAGCCAUCUUGGAAGUUCUGAAUGCGUGGGAGAAUGGCGUUCUCUCUGUGGAGGCAGUGCAGAAGAUCACUGACAAUAUCAAGGGGAAAGUGUGCAGUAUGGCAAUCUGUGCGGUGGCCUGGCUGGUGGCCCACGUCAGGAUGCUGGGGAGGGAUGAGCGUGAGAAGCCCCAGACUAUGAUCCGGCAGCUUGUGACCCCGCUAUACGGGGAGAACACUCUGCAGUUUUACAAUGAACGCGUGAUCAUUAUGAGUUCCAUCAUGGAGCACAUGUGUGCUGACGUCUUUCAACAAACUGCCGCGACCCUGCGCCCCCCAAUGGAGGGCCAGGAGCCGAUCCCCUACCGCAACCUGCUGCCGGCCAAAGACCCCAUCCACGUGGCCCUCAGCAAGCAGUUCCAGACGGUGCUGCGCAAAGGCUGGGUGGACAGCCGGGCUCUGCAUCUGUUUGAGAGUCUUCUCAACAUGGGAGGGGUCUUCUGGUUCACUAACAAUUUGGUCAAGGAGCUGCUGAAGGAGACUCGACAGGAGUGGGCCGAUCGCGUAGUGGAGUUACUCUACAGCAUCUUCUGCCUGGACACUCAGCAGAUCACCCUCACCCUGCUGGGCACCAUACUGCCCGACCUGCUCACAGACUCUGCCCACUGGCACAGCCUGGCAGACCCACCUGGAAAGGCGCUGGCCAAGUUGUCUGUGUGGUGCGCACUCAGCUCUUACUCCUCUCACCACAAAGGCUCGUUCUCGGCUCGUCAACGCAAAAGGCAGCGCGAAGAUAUUGAGGACUACAACAGCCUAUUUCCCUUGGAUGACACUCAACCGUCUAAACUCAUGCGUCUGCUCAGCUCCAAUGAGGAUGAGCCUGCUGCCCUUUCCAGUCCAGGAGACCGAUCUAUGAGCAGUUCCCUCUCUGCCUCCCAGCUCCACACUGUCAACAUGAGGGACCCUUUAAACCGAGUCCUGGCCAACCUGUUCCUCCUCAUUUCCUCUGUCCUGGGCUCCAAGAUGGCGGGACCUCACACCCAGUUUGUACAGAGUUUUAUGGAGGAGUGCGUCGACUGCCUUGAGCAGGGAAGUCGCGGAAGCAUUCUGCAGUUCAUGCCUUUUACAAUGGUUUCUGAGCUGGUGAAGCUGCCUGCUCUGGCCAAACCUAGAGUUGUCCUGGCCAUCACUGACCUGACUCUGCCACUGGGGAGGAGAGUAGCGGCCAAAGCCAUCUCCGCCUUGUAAGCAGUGGGUUUAAAUUUACAUCGGCACCAAAUCAACCUUCCCCCACCCCAAGUGGGUGAAAUAUAGCUGUGGAUCAUCCAUUUAAAGGGAUUAUAACCAUGUUUAUGUGAACACUGUUUUGCUAUUGUGUUUUUUUAAUUCUUUUUCACACUUAAAGAAAUGUGUAAAUAAGUAAAAAAAAGAAAAAAAGA